AUGGCGCCAAACACAAAAAAAAUGUCUGAAAAUACUCUGCAAGCCGCUUCAACUGAUUUGUCAUCAGCAAAUACAGGAGCUUCUACAACAAAUACCACUAUUACCACAGAGGAAUCAGCCCUCAAGACUAAUGAAAAGGUGAUACAACAACAAGAUAUCGCCGCUGAUAGUAAAAAGAAGAAGGAAAGAAAACCAAAGAAGGCUGUCGAAGGUGAUGAAAACAACAACAAAAAGGAAGAAAAUGAAGAUAAGAAGGAAAAGAAAAAGAGACAAAAGAAUUACAAGAAGGAAGAAAAAACCGGAGAGGAUGAUAACAAGGAGGAAUCAAACAACAAGGAAGAAAAUAAAAAGAAAUUCCUCACCUCCGAAGAGUUGAGUAAAAAGAUUUCGGAAAUCAAGGCCAAGUUAGCUGAACAUCCAAAAGAGCAAGAAGUGCAAGACAAGUUGAAGAAGAUUCAAAAAACUAUUGAAGAUAAACAAGAUCAAGUCGAAAAGAUUAAUCAAAAGCUUUCAAAGGCUAACGAGAAGGUUAAACAAUUGAAUGAAGCUAGAAAGGUUUUAUUUGAUGAAAUUGGUAAAUAUAAGGACGUAACAAAUGAAACCCGUAAUGAAAAGGAUCGUAUUCUUGUACAAAUUAAUCAAAUCGAACAAGAAAUUGUCGAUCUCAAUGAAAGUAUUGAAGAAUUUGGUGAGGAAGUCAAGAAAUCCAAGUUUAGAAGUGCCGACGAAAUUGGCAGAGAGAUUUAUUACCUCAGUGAAAAACAACAAACAGAAACCCUUUCAAUGAAGGAAGAAGAAGUAAUUUUAAGAAAAAUCAAAACUCUCAACACUUUGAAAAAUAACUUUGAAAAGCAUUCAGCCUUGAAGAAACAAGUUAGAGACAAGCUCGAUGCCAAGAAGGAGCUCAAGCUCAAGAUUCAAGGCCUCAACUUGGCCUCUAAGGAUAAGGUUGAUGAACGUCAAAAGUAUUUUGACAUGCUUGACGAAAAUACCACAAAAAAGAAGGCUGCCCUCGAAGAAAAGAAGAAACUUGAAGAUCAACUCAAGGGUAUCAAGAAGGAAAUUAAGAAUCUCUUCGAUGACAAUUAUCAAAGUCAAUCUACAUUAAGAAAAGUUUCAUCUUCUCAACAAAGACAAAAGGAAAGUUUGGAAAAAUUGGAAGAUAGAUUGCAAACACAAAAGCAAUUUGAACACAAGAAGGCUAUCAGAGAAAAGAGAAUGCAAGAAAAGAAGGCUCGUGAAAAUUUCCUUAAAGAAACUACACAACAAUGGGCUGAAGCCGUGCCAGAACAAACAAAGAACAUCUAUGAGGAAGAAAUCAAGAUUUGUGAUAAUUUACUGGAUUAUCUUCAAAAGCUCCGAUCGAAUAAGAAACUUCGUACUCAAAAACUUGAUCUUUCCUCAUUACAAGGAAACAAAAAGCCUAACAUGUCCCUCCCUACCUUGCAACACCCAGUUGAUAAAUUUAAUCAACUCAGCUCAUUACGUAUUGCUGUGCCAAAGACUAUAGAUGACGUUCCAAGUACUAUUGAAGCUGUUGAAAAGUUACGUCGUUCAUAUAGAACUAAAGCUGGUCAUUCUGAAGCCAUCGAACCAGCCAAUAUUUUGGCCUCAUUUGCACCUAUCACCACAGUCUCAACAAGCGUUACUGCUCAAAUUGUGGAUAUUGACAUGGAAUAA